CAAGAAAUGUCAAAAACAUACUCCAUACAAGUGAAAAGAUUAUUUUCUUUGACAAAAAUGUCAUCUUAGCAAUAUGAAAUAUACUCGGUAGGUAUAUAUUGUGACAGCAGUACUUAUAGACUUAUAGUACGUACGUAGAGGAAGAAUUGUUAUUCUUAUUUUUAUUACUACCCCCCAAUAACAAAUAAAUCCCCAUCAUGGCGAAAACAUACGCAUUACUAUCAACAUCUCUUCCCAUUGUUCCUGUGACAAGAAACCUUUCUUCCAGACUAUGGGAUAUUAGGGGCUUGUUCUACUCCCUCGGAGCCUUCCUCGUCGCCGCCCUCGUACUCGGAGUUGUUCACCUCACUGGCCUGGAGGCUAGAGAUUUCUUGUUUAGCGGCAACAGCCUCGAAAUGGUCAUUGCCGAUGACCCGCCGCCACCGUUGUCAAAGUGUGAUUUGUAUUCGGGAAAAUGGGUAUAUGACAACAAGUCACACUACCCAUUGUACAAGGAGCAAGAAUGCACAUUCAUGUCCGAUCAAUUGGCUUGCCAAAAGUUUGGAAGAAAAGAUUUGGACUAUCAACAUUUGAGGUGGCAACCCUAUCAAUGCGAUAUUCCAAGGUUCAAUGCCAUAGCUUUGCUUGAGAAACUAAGGAAUAAGAGGCUUGUGUUUGUUGGCGAUUCUUUGAAUAGAGGACAAUGGGUUUCCAUGGUAUGUCUUGUUGAUUCUGCCAUCCCACCAUCCCUCAAAUCCAUGGACUACAAGUACAAUGCCUCCUUGAUCAUUUUCAAAGCUAAAGAAUAUAAUGCCACAAUUGAGUUCUACUGGUCACCAUUGCUGGUAGAGUCUAAUUCCGACGAUCCUGUGCAUCACCGCCUGCCGGAGCGGAUCGUGAGAGCCAGUUCAAUCGUAAAGCACGGCCGGAGGUGGACUGAUGCUGAUUAUCUAGUCUUCAAUACUUACCUCUGGUGGAGGCAACCCCAUAUCAAAGUCUUGUGGGCUUCAGUUGGUGAUAGAGACGGAGUCUACAAAAAUGUGGAUAUGGUUCGCAGUUACGAGAUGGCCUUGAAAACGUGGUCCGAUUGGCUUGAAAUUCACAUCAACCGAUCUAAAACCCAAAUCUUUUUUAUAAGCAUGUCACCCAUUCAUGAAAGGGCAGAAGAAUGGGGUAAAAAGGUAGGGGAUAAUUGCUAUGGGGAGACAGAGCCCAUAGAGAAUGAGGGAUAUCAAGGAAAUGGAUCAGAUCCCAAAAUGAUGAGAUUAGUUGAAGCAACCAUUGAAGAGCUGAAAAAUAGAGGAUUAAAUGUGGGAUUGAUUAACAUAACUCAACUAUCAGAGUAUAGGAAAGAAGGGCAUCCCUCAAUUUAUAGAAAACAAUGGGAUUCUUUGACAGAAGAACAAAUAGAAAAGCCCACAUCGUAUGCAGAUUGUAUUCAUUGGUGCCUUCCUGGAGUGCCAGAUGUCUGGAAUGAACUCCUCUAUGCUCAAAUACUCAACUACAUCUUAUGAUUAACAACUUUCAUAUUUUAUUAAGAUGGAUUAAUCGUUAAAGAUUAAUGGAAUUUCGUGCAACUUUGUAAUUUUCAAAUUUCUAUGUCUUUCCAAGUCUGAUUCCGAAAGUGUAUAUAUAGCACGUACAAUAAAGUAAUAUUCAGGAAAUUUGGGAGUGAUUUAUUGAU